AUGUCCGAUCUCUUUGAUCAGAUCGUGUCAACUUCUAUUGCGACAGCGAUCGAAGCUACCCUAGCCCUCAUUAUGGCAGACCUAGCCUACAUGGGACUCAUGGCGAUCAGGCGAGAAGACACGCAAUGCACUCGCGCAAAGAUUCUAGCUCCGAGCGCCAUGAACGGGGCAGACGUACGGACAAACGGCGAUUCACGUAUAAGUGAACAGUUACCAACGCCAACGCUGUCACCAGAACCGGACGACGUGGCAUUACCGAAUGUUCGCCGCGACAAUGACGCGAAAGGCGACGAGCCUCUACAGAACGUAACAAGCGGUGCCAAUGGCAUUGCCAGCUCUACCUCGACGAGUAGAAGGCCUAGUGCCCAUGAGGAGGCCAUAAUGUCCGACACCAACGAGAAAAUUAGGCCCAUUAAGCGGCCUGGGGAUGGUCCGAGGAGGAGCAGCGUGUCAGAACAUGAGAAGAUGCUCAAGCUCAGUCCCCGCCAGGUCCAGGAGUUGACGAGCGAACCUGCGAGUAUACCUGUACGGGCAGCGACACCAAUCCUCGAAGACGAGCUUGAGGAUGUGACACCGUUGGUGACCGAGGGCCAGGGCAGCAGCAAGCUUCUGGGCGUGGUGCUGGAACGACCGGUGGAGUUGCGGGAUUCGAAUAAGGAUAGGGUAUCACGAGUCGGAGAGGGGUCACGGGAGAAGGAAGUUGUUCUGAUCAAGACGUCUGCAACCGAGUUGCGCAGUAGCCGGCCAGCUCUCUCGUCACGAUCAAUUACCACACCCUCGCUCGUGCGGAGAACGACGUCAAGAUCGCGAUCGCGGAACCCUAGCCAGGUCCGGGAAACAGAUGAUAGGAGGCAGGGCAGACAUGUUCCUGCGCCUCUGAGUUUCGACCAUAAGGAUGGGGCUUCAAAGGCUCAGGAAAAGCACAAGGAGAUACGCGAGGUGCGGCAUGCCGUUUCGCCCACGGCUAUUGCCCUUCCACUUCCCCCAAUGUCAAUGCCUACCUUUCUGUCUCUUGAGCUUUCUGCGAACCGUCCCUCUCCCUUAUACAUCUACCGUCCCGCUACUACCGAGUUUCCAUACGAGUCAUCCGAGAUCAAGUAUGAGCGUUUACUCAACUUUUUGAGGAUACCGCUCAUGAUUGAAGGCAUAUUAGGCUUUGGUGCGCUGGCUUGUCUCGAUGCCUGGAUGCAUGUUUUAACAAUCCUGCCCCUGCGCUUUUUGCUCGCUGUCGCUAUCCUAGUCAAGUGGUGGGGUUCAGUAAUUGUAAAAGAGUUUCGUGAUCUUUGGGCUUUUGUUUACAAUGGGUUACCGCGCCUUUGGCAACGGAGAAAGCAUACAGACGGUCCUACACCUCUGCCCACGCCAACCGAAGAAGAGGCUCCAUCCAUGUCACGGAAGCACUCUACGUCAAGUGUGCCAUCGGCCAACACGACAGCCAGACAAAAUUCUCAAACGUCAACGACUUUCAAAUUCCCGGACUUGAAAGAGCUAAAGGCACGGCGGCCCCGGAACUCCCGAUUUCGCCAUCGCCGUACCAAAUCAACACCAUCUACGCUACUGCCAAGCCACAAGGCAGACAUACUCAAAGGUUUGCUGGUUAUUGCAAGCUGUUUCGUCUUGAUGAGGUUCGAUGCAAGUCGCAUGUAUCACGGCAUUCGUGGUCAGUCAGCGAUCAAGCUCUACGUCAUCUACAAUGUUUUGGAGGUCUGCGAUCGCCUGCUGUCGGCUGUUGGUCAGGAUGUUCUCGAAUGUCUCUUCUCUCGCGAGACACUCGAUCGCAAUCCUGAUGGCAGAAGCAAGGUGCUUCGGCCGCUCGGCAUGUUUGUACUUGCUCUUGUCUACACCGUAGCCCACGCUACUGCACUCUUCUACCAGGUCAUCACGCUCAACGUCGCAGUCAACUCUUAUUCGAACGCGCUACUAACGCUGCUCAUGUCCAAUCAGUUCGUUGAAAUCAAAGGCACAGUGUUUAAGAAAUUCGAAAAAGAGAAUCUCUUCCAGAUUACUUGCGCAGAUGUUGUGGAACGCUUCCAGCUCUGGCUUAUGCUCCUCAUCAUCGCUAUGCGCAACGUAGUCGAAGUUGGCGGCCUAAGUAUCCAGAGCAGCGAUACAUCUUGGACAGCCAUGUUCACUGGGUCUGCCAACGCCUCCUCUGGGACUGCUUUCAAGGCCUCAAGCAUCAUACCCAUGAGCUUCACCAUUUUUCCAAAGUACAUCGCUCAGGUUCUCAACCCGUUUCUGCUGGUGUUGGGCAGCGAAAUGUUUGUAGACUGGCUGAAGCAUGCAUAUAUCACCAAGUUCAACCAGUAUAAGCCAGAAGUAUACAGCAAGUUCUUUGACGUACUGGCGAAGGACUACUAUUCUAAUGCAUUUGCGGAUGCAGACUUGACGCGACGCCUAGGGUUGCCUGUCAUACCACUAUCUUGUCUCUUCAUCCGUGCUGCCAUCCAGACCUAUCACAUGUUCAUCGCUAUGCAUAUGCCACCUCCACUACACGCCACAUCUACCUCCCUGACCUCAGACCCUACGUCGUCUCCAGUCACAACUGCCGCCUUGGCACACAUUGACCAUGUCUUUCGCCGCGCACUAGGCCGCUCCUCUUUUGGCGCCGGAAUUCCUUCACAAGUCUGGUACAACCCUCUCUCCUACAACUUUGAUGAUCUCAUCGCCGGCUCAACAAUGCUCAUUGUAUUUCUCAUCAUCUACCUCAUGUUCCUUGCUUUCAAGCUCGUCCUUGGCAUGCUCCUCCUAUCCGUCAGUCGUAAACGAUAUCAUGGUAUGCAGGAGCGUGAGAAGCUCAAUGUGGAGACUGGAGGAAAACGGAUUGGAGGUUGGGGUGUUGUGGACGUGGAUGAGGAGAAGAGGAAGGUGAUAUACGAUGAUGAUCCCGAAUCUUUGAAGAGACUGAGGGAGCGAGAUGAAAAGGGAAGAAAGAAAGAGGAACACGAAAGGGAGAGGGGGACGAGCUUUGGACAUGUUAGUCGCUAUGCUAUGGUCGCCAAGAGAAUAUGGUGAUGAGGGCAUUUGCAUGUUGCUAAUCUAUCAAUUGAACU